CCUGUUCGUCCACGUCGAUCGUCAACAUCAACACAUCAGGGAGUGGAUGUAUGACUACUCCAGUCGACGAGUUUGGGUCGUCUCCAUCAAGAAUCCCUACGCCCAGCAACAGACUGGAAGCGUCAUCUUCAAGAAGCACAAGCGGUAAGCUGAGCAAUAACAAUGUUGGCUAUGAUUCUGGCUGCACUUCUACUACCUUCUUUAGUGGCGACGGCGAUGAACAUCACUAUUCAAGCAUUUCUAAAAGAUCAUCUGGCUUCCGCAAUACCAAUAUGGCAGCGAGUGAAAGUUGGAGCACCAUUGCCUCUACUCUAGACCACAGCAGUUCUAGAAAGCAACUCCUCCCACUUCCUGGAGGUGCAGGUGGUGCCAAUGGCAAUGGUAGCACAGCUUUGCCUACGUGUGGGAGCUCUGACAACAUCUUGGGUUGUUUGCGUUCCAUAACGGCCGACAGUGCGGACUUCACAAGCAGGGGUGACCGGACCGCAUUGUCGAUCGAUGACACUU